AGUGUCAGUUAUACUGUCAAUAGAUGUGACAGCUCAGCUGUUUUUUGUUGUUUCAUUUUGAUUGUUCUGGUUUUAAUCUAGUUCAAUCAACUCACAUUGACUAUAAGAAGUGCAGAAUUGGUGAAUAAUUGUGGAUAAGGAUUUUGAAUUUCAUUUUUACAUUAGAAUUAACUAGAAUAUACUUCAAUAUAAUUAUCUGGCAAAAAACUUCAGGAGCUAAAAAUGGGACGAAUUUUCUUAGAACAUAUAGGUGGAAGUAGACUUUUUUCUUGUGCAAAUUGUGGAACAAAUCUAACGAAUAGGCAAGAGCUAAUAAGUACCAGAUUUACUGGAGCCACUGGUAGAGCUUUCUUGUUUAAUAAAGUUGUUAAUUUAACAUACAGUGAUGUUCAAGACAGAGUUAUGCUCACCGGACGUCAUAUGGUAAGAGAUGUUUGCUGCAAAUCAUGUGAUACCAAAUUGGGCUGGAUGUAUGAAUUUGCUACAGAAGAUAAUCAAAAAUAUAAAGAAGGUCGGAUUAUUCUUGAAAGAGCACUUGUAACAGAAAGUGAUGGAAUGGAAGACAGGAUUUUCAAUGAGAGAAGACGAGCACCAAGAGAAAAUGUGCGAAAUUAAAUUUAAGUUUGAUUUUUUUUGAUGGAUUUUGUAUACACAAUAUAACAGAAAUUUGAGACUGUUGGGUCAGUGAGAAUAGAAUAUUUGAAGGAGUUAAUUUUACAUGCUAUAUAUAUGGGAUACUGAAGAAUGGUUGAAUGCAAAUUUUGGUAAGAAUAAAGGAUGUUAUGAAGACUAUCAAGAAAUCUGAAUAUUGAGAAUUGAGUUGAACUUAAAGUAGAAAAUUAUGAUAGGAAACCGACAGUCUCCACUAUGUAGUUUUAGGUUUUUGCUACAAAUGUAAGUUAUGAAACGUUUUGCUAUGCUUUAUAUGAGGUAGGUACAUAUAGUGAAUACAUUGUUUAAAGGAAAGAUGA